AUCGCGCGCGGCGCUGUUUCGGUCGAUAAUUCAGUUUCCCUUUCUACUUGUCGGUGGCGUUUGCAUAGAAAGCCUUUGUGAUUUAUUAGCUGUCCAAUCGUUUUUAACAGCUUGAUGUCUUCACCUGAUUGUAAACGGCAGAAGCUGGCAGAUGACGUAAAUUCAGUUGUAAACAUGUCGAAGCUAACUGUCAUCAACUUAAAUGCUCAGCAGUUUAAAGAUGUUGCCAAGUUGGAGGGAUUUGUGGAUAGAACAAUGCUCAUAGAGGAGUUACUACAGGGAGAGAAGGAGACGGACGUCAUGAUUUUUGCACCAUCAUUAUUUGGCAAAACUCUAAACCUUAAUAUGAUUCGUUUAUUCUGCGACAUUGAAGAUAAAAAUACAAAGACAAAGGAAGAUGUUGCAAAGGACCCAACAAUGGAAGAUCUUCGAUCGAAUCCCUCAAAGAACAUGAAAGUGUUUCUUAGACAGUUUGAGGGCACAAAAUAUGAAGAAUGUUUAAUCUUAAAACGAGAACAAUUUGUCAUCCAACAUUUUGGGCGACAUCCUGUAGUUUCAUUCAAUUUCAAAGACUGUGUAGUUAAAAAUGAGUCAGAGGCAAUAUUUUUUUGUGCUGAGCAAGUGAAUAAGGGUUAUUUCGAACACGAGUAUCUUAUAAAUAGUAAAGAAUUUCAAUCUGAUGAUCCUGAACAUGUCAAGUUGAAACAAAUAUGUACAGACUGGUUGAACUACAGUAAUGUUAACCUUAAGAAUCUCUCUGUUACGAAAGUGAUCAUUGGUUUGAAGAAUUUGAUUCAGAGCUUGAGGAUACAUUGGGGGAGAAAACCAGUGUUUUUGGUAGAUGAAGUUGACAAGCCUUGUGUAGCCGCCAUGGAGAGGAAGCUUUCUGAAAAACAAGUACGUGAGAUAGGAACUACUAUCACUCGGGUGAUAUGUUCGAUUUUGAAAUCAAGAGAUAAACAGAUAGAGCUUCAAGCUGCCUUGGUCACUGGCAUUUGCAAUUUUGUAAGUUCUGGACUGUCAUCUAUGGACAACACACUGCCGGUAUACUUCUUGAGCGACGAGAGAUUUUCUAAAUAUUACGGAUUGACUACUCAAGAGGUUGAAACUUUAGUGAAGAGACUCUAUGGCUCAGAGGGAGAUGUUGAGAAGACCGAGAAGAUAAUUAGUGACAUCAACGCAAAAUACAACGGCUAUUAUCAGCGUUACUGUUCUGGUGAAUACAAGAAAGAUGCCAGAUACUGCUUAUUCUCCGUCCUUAACUACAUACAAGGUAGAGAUCUCGGAGAAUGGUGUUUUUGGAGGGACGGAGGUUUUUUGACUAGAAAACUUGUGCCAGUACUCAGGAAAUCUGCCGAAAUUAUGAGUGCUAUUCAAAAACUGUUUUAUGAAGAUUCUGGUACCAUUGAAAUCGAAUAUCAGCAGGCAGUAGAUGUUCAACAUAUUCUCGGGCUGUUUCGUAGGGAAAUAGACCCGAACCCAAAUGCAGUUUUCAACUUUUUUUUACAACAAGGUUAUUUGGCACACAAUCUAGAGAAACCAAUAGAAAAUGUUGCUGAGAGCGAAAAGAUAUAUGUAAGAAUCCCAAAUCUGGAAAUUAAAAGCCAUUACAAAAAUUUGUUCAAGCUUUACUAUAAAAAUCUUCCAAAAGAAAUUCAAUCAAAAUUGACUUCUUGCGGAGAGAUCUUCAAGUCAUUACCAACGCUAGACUCUACAGAGUUUCACAACAAACUAAAUAACCUCUGUGAACACUUGAAUUGUAUUUUUAAAUCUCUGAAGUGUACAAACGAAGCUACAAUAUGCGCCCACAUAUGUGCAAUCUUAACGCUUUAUGCUCGWUAUGAGACAGGUGCGGUGGAUUUUARAGUAAAAUAUUUUCAUAAUGAUGGCGAGGAACGUCAUGUCAAGAUUGAUGUUUGGGGGCGUCACGACAACUUCGCCAUUAUCAUUGAAGUUAAAUUCAAUUCUGAMGCUACUGGUGAACCUGGKAAAAUUGGAUGUAAGACAAAAAGCUCCCUUGCUGCUGCAGAGGAUAUAGUUGGACUUCUACCUGGUAAAAAAAAAACAGAAGGCGGAUCCGACAGUAAAGCUGGCAUUGCCAGAGGUUUAGAGGUGCUGAAGUCUGAAAUUGAGAACUACGUUCUUAUWGGUCUGGCUGUGGAUGGUGAUUAUACUACUCAUAUGCUUGUCUUUCGAAAUACAUCCGAAUGGAAAAAUGUAAUUCAAGUUAAUCCUGAAAAGCAUGUUGUAGAACUAAUKUCAACUUAUCUAAAAUGAUAGAACUGGUGAGAAUGGUGUUAUGAUAUUYAGACUUAUUUACUGAUAAGAUUUUGCUUUCUCUUCAUUUAAUAAAUUUAUUUUGUGGAAAAA